CCACUUCCCCUCAUAAAUUGCUAAAAAAAAUUGCCCAAAGGCCAACACAAGAAGACAUCAUCCACAAAUUGUCAAAUACAAUGCUCAAGACCUUAGCCUCUUCCACGCUCACCCUCACCACGGCCACCACCAGCAGCAGCUCCACCACCAUUACCUCACCCCUCCUCCACGUCUCAUCCUUUCUCUGCAAACCUUUCCUUAAUCCUCUCUCCAAACCCAAAUACAGGCCCCUCGGACAUCUCUCCAAACGAUUUACGACUACCAUGAACCUCUUGAACAAGCUCGGCUUCGGCUCCCCCAGGGCCACACAAUCCGCAGCCGAUGCGUCGAUUGCGCAGGGACCGGACGACGACGUUCCCGCCCCUGGCCAGGAGUUCGCACAGUUCGGGGCCGGUUGCUUCUGGGGGGUUGAGCUGGCCUUCCAGAGAGUCCCAGGCGUGACCAAGACCGAGGUCGGGUACACCCAGGGGUUCGUGCAUAGUCCCAGCUACGAAGACGUGUGCUCGGGUACCACCAACCACUCCGAGGUUGUCAGGGUCCAGUUCGACCCCAAGCAGUGCAGCUUCGACGCUCUCCUUGACACGUUCUGGGCCAGGCAUGACCCAACCACGCUUAAUCGCCAGGGGGGUGAUGUGGGGACGCAGUACAGAUCUGGUAUAUACUUCUACACGCCUGAGCAAGAGAAGGCAGCAAGAGAGUCUCUGGAGCGUCAGCAGAAGCUCUUGAACAGGAAGAUCGUGACUGAGAUUCUGCCUGCCAAGAAGUUUUACCGAGCAGAAGAAUACCAUCAGCAGUACCUUGAAAAAGGUGGCCGAUUUGGCUUUCAACAAUCUGCUGCCAAAGGCUGCAAUGAUCCUAUCCGAUGCUAUGGCUAAUUAGUUUCCCUUAGGAGCAAGCCCCAGCCAGAGUGGAUAUUCUUGUUACGGGUCCUGAGACUGUGACUGUCUAUAAGGUUUGUCCUUCUGUCUAAUAUUUAUAUAUAUAUAUAUUCAUAUGCCUGAGCUUUUAUGAAACGCUGCUGUAAUAAAGAAUGCCGAGUGUAUUUACCUAUUGGACGUGGAUCUGAAAUUAGACGUGUGUUUUCCUACAAUCAUCAACUAUUGCAUCUGCACUGGUGGCAUGUUUUA